AUGGUAGACGAGGUCGUGGUGAUGAUUAUCGUGAUCUACGUGGAUUGCAUUUUGGUGGCUGGGUCUGACGAGGAUUACGAGGAGUUGCUUGCUUCUCUCAACGAGAAUUUUCCCACCAAAAACCUUGGAGAGUGUCAAUGGUCUGAUGGGUAUGCCAUCGAACGAGAUGUAGAGGCUGGGACUCUUAGAAUCUCCCAAACCGCGUAUAUCGACAGCAUGGUUAAACUCUUCGAUGUGCAAUCGACUUCCCGCAUCUCCGCUACCCCUGGUGCCGGGUUGGCGACGACGGUUGGAGGUACCGUAGUCAGCCAUGGUAGCAAGACGCAGAGUAUCGUGUCUUUGUCUUCAACGGAAGCCGAGUACAUUGCUGCCGGGGAGGGUGUCAAGGAGGCGUUGUUUGUGCGUGCUGUGCUUUCGUUUGUCGCCCCAGAGACCAGUGGUAGCAGCAUCCAGGUCCUUGAGGACAACCAGGGGGCCAUAGCGUUGGUGCAGAACCCCCUCAGCUCAGGUCGCACGAAACACAUCGACGUGAGGUAUCAUUUCAUCCGAGGAUUGUUUGGGUCGGGAGAUAUUGCGGUCAAGUUUGUUCCGACAAAGGAGCAACACGCGGACCUCCUUACCAAGGCCCUUAGCAGGGCCAGCCUGCAGUACCACCGGCGCAAGUUGAUAAAUUUUCCGGAGAAGCUGUAG